AGCCGGCAUGUAAAUACGGAAGUGCAUUCUUGUCACUUGAAGUGUUUGAGGAGCUAAGUGCAUUUUGUGCAUUGUAUUGUGCAUUUUUCUGACGCAAGAUUAAAAUACUGUUUCUUAUUUAUUUAAAAUUAGUGUCUUAAAGAUUCAGUGAAAAUGUUUAGAUAUCCUUAUUACUUUGAAAGCGAACGUCAACGACCGAGGCAAUUGUUGGAUCAGCAUUUCGGCUUGGGUCUGACCCCUCAAGACUAUUUGACCAUAGUCACGAUACCUCAAGGCAACCAGGAUUACUAUAGAAAUUGGAGAAACCUUCGUGCAGCUGCUAAUGAUUCGGGAUCAACGAUUAAAGAGGAGAAAGACAAAUUUCAAAUUAAUUUAGAUGUUCAACAUUUUGCUCCCGAAGAGAUCUCAGUGAAGACAGUGGAUGGAUUUUUAGUCGUAGAUGCUAAACAUGACGAGCGACAAGACGAGCACGGUUUUAUUUCAAGGAGUUUCUCCAGGAGGUAUCCUCUUCCGGAAGGCGUGGAAGCCGAAAACGUAACUUCUAAAUUAUCGUCUGAUGGUGUUUUAACAAUAACAGCACCUUUGAAAGCACCUCCAAAAGUCGAAGGCGAGAGGAUUGUGCCUAUAAUCCAAACGGGGCCGGUUAAAAAGCAAUUCGAAGGCAACCGAGAACAAAAUUAAAAUGUUAAGUCUUUGACAACAACAUUUUAAGGUUAUGUAUUUAUUUUGUAAACUUAAGCAUUUCUUGUUAUGUAUUAGUGAAUUUUGUCAUUAUUGUGUCUCAAUAAAUGACGUUAUAGUCAUUUGA